CUUCAUUUUUUUUUUUUAUUGUGAUCUAAUUUCAAUCCAAAAGGAGGGGAAAAAAUGGCAUUAGUGUAUAAUACGACAGAAUCCAUUGAAGAUUAUGUGACAUGUUUACGUGGCACUUACACCACGGGUAAAUCAAGAGAUAAAUUCACCCGAAAAUUCUACUUGGAACGUCUUUAUAAUCUUGUAAAAGAAAAUGAGGAGCAAUUUUACGUUGCAUUAGCCAAAGAUUUGAACAAGUCAAGAGCGGAGGCACUUGCUAGUGAAAUUAGUCCAGUUUUAGAAGAAUGUGUUUAUUUUUUAAACAAUUUCGAGAAUUUAACCAAUGAUCAAAAAGUAAAACCACGUCUUGGAGCAAAUUAUACAGAUUCUGCCUAUAUUCGUCGUCAAGGACUGGGCGUUGUUCUCAUCAUAUCUACCUGGAACUACCCACUUCAACUAUCGCUUGUUCCUUUAGCUGGAGCUCUUGCCGCUGGUAACUGUGUUGUUCUCAAGCUUUCCGAAAUAUCUGUUCAUACUUCUGCAUUGAUUACACAUCUUUUACCAAGAUACCUUGAUCCAAACUUGUACCGCGUAGUGAAUGGAGCUGUCGAACAGACACAAUACUUGAUCCAGCAGAAAUUCAAUCAUAUUUUCUACACUGGAAAUUCCCAAGUGGCCAGAUCCAUCAUGGCAGCAGCAUCUGUCAACCUAACACCCGUCACUUUAGAACUUGGCGGAAAAUCACCUGCUAUUGUCACACAAGAUUCGGAUAUGCAGAUUGUAGCAAACCGUGUUGCGUAUGGAAAGUUUUUUAAUGCAGGACAGAGUUGUGUUGCUGUAGAUUAUGUCUUGAUACCUCAGUCUCGUUUGACAGAAUUCACGCAAGCGAUUCAAAAGACAUUGUCAACGUGGUACGGCUCUGAUCCUCAACGAUCAAAGGAUUACGGUCGUAUUGUCAAUACACGUCAUUUUGAUAGACUUUUAUCCAUGAUGCAUGAUCGACAAAGCGGCGAUAUUGUGCUGGGUGGUGAUUCCGAUCGCGAUUCGCUUUACAUUGCACCUACUGUUAUUGCCAACGUAAAGUUUUUUGAUCCGGUGUUGAUGGCAGAUGAAGUAUUUGGUCCUAUUCUUCCUGUUAUCACUUAUACGGAUAUGGAAGAAGCUUUAGGGCUCAUAUCAAGACAUGAACCUCCACUUGCUCUGUAUCUGUUUACAAAAAAGCAAGCAUUGAUUGACAGAGUGUUAAAUGUUACUACUUCAGGUGGCGUCACUGUUAACGACACCUUGUUGCAUCAAAAUGAAUAUGCUCUACCUUUUGGUGGGGUUGGUAGUUCUGGUAUGGGAAGUUAUCACGGAGAGAAAUCCUUCCAGACGUUUUCUCAAGAACGAGCCGUGUUGAGCAAGAAGCAACGAUUGGAAUGGCUGAUGCAAGUGCGAUACCCACCUGCCAGUCAAGCCAAGCUAGUAUUAUUGCGUGCUAUUCUUGUGACACACCCCCUUCAAUUCCGGUAUAUUUUAUUCAAGAAACAUGUCAAGUGGGUGUCUUUCUUACUCAUCAUGGUGGGUGUUCUUAUCAAGAGACAUUUAUCUAAAUUUUAAACACACACACACACUGGGGGUGUCUGGCAAGAACUAUUUUUAUUUUUUAUUUUUCG